AUGUUUCAACAACGGGACGGGCUGCUCAAACACGAGGCUACGAGAAAGACCAACGCCCCUCUGCUCACUAUGCGGCCCGUGUAUGCCCGUUUGAGGAAAUUGGCCCUGCAGCUAAUCCCGAGGGCGUGGCCGCCAACUCCGAACGGGGAUGGGCACACCGGCAUGCAAGCAACACGCCCGAACCCGGCUCGGCUUCGCUCGAUUCGGACACGCGACGCCUCAUGA